UUCGUUGUUUUUAAGAGUGUUAACUUUUAUGUGCAACUAAGAUACUGUGACAAAGUAAUUUCCCUCGUGGAUCAUUAAAGUCUGUCUCAGUCCAAAUAAUCCAUAUAUGUUUCCUGUUGUUGUUGAUAUGUUUCCUCAUCCUCACAAACAAAUCAAAUAAGAAAAAAUAAACUUUGUUGCUGAUUGAUGGUGCGCUGGACAAUAUUGGACAGGUGUCAGACGAAGCGACGCAGGAUCACAAGUCAAAAUAGAACAUGAGAUAAUGUUUUCACUUUGUCGCAUUUGGAAAUGUCAACAAUGGUCAGCACUGUCGAUGGUGACAUCAUCACCGCCAUUGUUUUCACUGCCUUCACCCCAGCAUAGGUGUGUAGACCUUUACUCACCGGCACCUUGUGUUAAUUCCAGUUUCACCAAACCAUUGAACUGUGUAGGGGGAAAACAGGAAAUUACACAAUGUUGACUGUGCACUUUCAAGUUACAGUUAAGUCAAAACACUACCGUACUCAGAGGGAAAUCCCUGCGUCAGCCUGUAUAAAACACUUAAGGAGUCUGAGUUCAGACACAACCAGAGAUCAACAACCAACAACCAAGAUGCAGCUCAUCAAGCUCUGUGAGUACAGCGUGACUGAACACUGUUUCAUACUUGCAAAACUACUUUAUUUUGUUAUACUAGCUGUAAAUUUACUGUUGUAUCUUUUUCUCUUCAUUGCAGACAUUGCUCCUGCACUGCUGCUCCUAGCGCUCACCUGUGAUGUGUGGCAGGUCGGUCAGACUAUGCCAGUGGAUUACAAAAUAAAUAUGGCGGACUCCUGCAUUGAUCACGCACGGGCGCUUCUAGUGAACAUCACUGAUACGCUCUCAGAGAACAAGCUGUUCAGUGGAAUCAGCUGCAUGAAGCAGAACAUGGAGCUGAACACGGGCACCGACACGCCAUCUGUGUGCGCGCCACAGGGAUCAACCUGCCCUGGACUCACUCAGCCUACACCACAGUUCAAUCAGGAGUCCUGUCUGAUGAGCAUCAAAAAGGACCUGACCUACUACUACAAAUUUCUCGCAGCUCACCCGGACAGACCAACCGUGUACCACCUCCGAGAAGUCAUGGACAGCUGCUUCAAAGUGCAUCUGCUGGACUUGGAGGAGGAUACUACAGUCCGUGCAAGCACCUACGAUGAAAGACUGUCCCUCUGCAAAGUGCUGAAGGGGUUCCAGGUCCGCACCAUAACAAUCAACCGAGUCAUUGGAUACUUGGCCUCAGAGGAGAUGAAAUGAGUCGUCGCUGGGCUCCAACACAAGAAUAUUCACUGGAAAGCUAUACAGAACCACUGCAUAUUCACAUACAAAUUACAUAAACUACAGUAACGGCCAGGCCGUUACAUUCAAAUCAUCUAGAAGCAGAAGAACAACAGAAAACACUUGGAAAUCUACUUUAUAAUUUUUUUAAAGAUAUAUAUUUAUUAAGUUUAUGUGACCAUACGUAUAAUUUAUAUUUAAACAUCCAGAUGAUGUG